AUGGCGCCGGCGACUCUUCCGCCGGGAUUCAGAUUCCAUCCGACGGACGAGGAGCUCGUAGCGUACUACCUUCACCGGAAAAUCAACGGCGGAACCAUCGAGCUUGAAGUCAUCCCCGACGUCGACCUCUACAAAUGCGAGCCCUGGGAUUUGCCUGAUAAAUCGUUGUUGCCGAGCAAGGACAUGGAGUGGUAUUUCUACAGUCCCCGCGACCGGAAAUACCCGAACGGUUCGAGGACGAACCGGGCGACCCGGUCGGGUUACUGGAAGGCGACGGGGAAGGACCGGGCGGUGCAGUCGCAGAAGCAGGCCAUGGGGAUGAAGAAGACGUUGGUGUAUUACAGAGGCAGAGCGCCGCACGGAAUCCGUACCGAUUGGGUCAUGCACGAGUAUCGUCUCGUCGAUUCCGCCAUUGCUGGAUCAAGUCUCAAGGAUUCUUACGCGCUCUGCAGAGUAUUCAAGAAGAACAUAAUCAUCACUAACAAGAAGACUAAACAAUCAUCAAUGAAGGUUUUAGCUGAUCGUGAUCACCUGUGGGACGGAGGCGGCAACAGCAACAGCGCCACGCCGGAAACUUCCCGAGAACAGAGGUACGAUGCCGAGGAUGAAAACGCCGCCAAGAAUCCAUCCGAGGCAUCUUCAUCAGAUCUCACACAGGGGACACCAACAGCCAUGGCUUCAAAGGAUGCCGACUCUCCGGCACAGAUUGCCUCAGAGGAAGUCAACAGUUCAAUCGAUAAUUUCUAUCCCUGCUCCGGCAUCGACCUCUACCAUUUCCCUCAGGAUUAUGCAGGCCUAUCAUACGAAGCUUGGUACCCACCGUUGGACAUGGAUGACUUCCCACAAAUUGAUCUAACAGAGGCAAAAUCCGGCACCGAAUUCAUGGCCUGUGACAGAUUCAGGGAGUGCGCGAACGGCAUGGCGACACUGGAAGAGAUUUAUUCACUAUGUUCUUCCCACAACAGCUUCUCCAACCACCAAGCUUGUGCAGGAUCCAACUGACUAAUCAUAGACUGAAUCAUUAUACAUACAUACAUAUAUAUCAUAUAUAUAAUAGGGACACAAACACAAUUGGUACACAUAUAACAUGAUGCUUAAUCUUUACCUGAAUAUGUUCAUAUACAUGUAACAAACAGCUUGAUUUUUACUACAGAAAUCAACAUUACCCUACAAUUUUCUAACACACACAUAUAUGCAUAU